CAGAUUCUCAGCCCACACAACACAUGAGGAGAGGAAAGUCAUUCUGAGCUACUACUGCAGCAAGGUUAUUGCAAUUCACUAAUAACAAGUGGAUCAGCAGCUCAGACCAGGACUCCUCAGAUCCCUCAUUCUUCUAGGGUUUUUUUUUCUUUAUACAAGUGGAUUUUGCCUUUUCAAGUGAAUAACAGGAGGACACUGCCUGGUAUACAGCAGCAAACAGCCUCUUGAGCUAAGGAUGCUUGUGUCAAGGGCAGCAAUGUCACUUCCUACUACGUGAGAAAGGCCAUGAUGACUUUGCAGGACUGUCACCUGCUCCGUUCCCAAAAUGAGGGCAUCUGCCAGAACAUUCAGGUUUCCAGCCUAUGACGUUCCAGCAGAUUUAUACUACAAGAGAGACAAUUCUGGACACAACUAAGAGGAAAUUUAGGGAAAAUAUCCCUAACUACCAGCAGAAGAGCUCUGAACUGCUUCAGAGAGAGAAACCAUGCGUUCCAGAAGUAACAGCACAGAAAGCCCAACCAGACCAAAACUGAGCCAGCAAAGACCAAAAGACCACCGUAAAGAAGAAGUUGGUUAUAGUGGGAAAGGAAAUGUGCAAAGAAGGCCAAAAGAGAAAGAGGAUUCAGCCCAAGCUAGUACCAUCCUAAGAAGUCCUAAAGCAGAGAAAAAACAAACAAGUUCUUUCAAGAAAAGAGAGGACCUCUCUCGUGAUGACUUGCUGUUUCUUCUUAGUGUCCUCGAGGGUGAAUUACAGGCUCAAGAUGAAGUUAUAGGUGUACUUAAGGCUGAAAAAAUUGACUUGUCUUUGCUUGAGGCACAAUAUGGCUUUGUCACUCCCAAGAAGGUGUUAGAGGCCCUCCAGCGAGAUGCUAUUCAAACAAAGACUGAGCAAUGGCAAGAAGAUAUCUACGAAAAGCCCAUGGGAGAGCUUGAUAAAGUUGUGGAGAAACAGAAAGAAACUCACAGACGAAUGUUGGAACAACUUCUAAUGGUAGAAAAAUCACACAGACAGACACUGAACGAACUAGAGGAAGAGAAGAGGAAGCACAGCAAAUACAUGGAAAAGAGUGAUGAGUUUACAAACCUACUGGAGCAAGAACUUGAAAGAUUGAAAAAGCUUCUGGAACAAGAAACAGCGUAUCAGGCAAAAAAAGAGAAGGAAAGCAACAAGAAAAUAUCUAACCUGAAAGAAGAACUGACGAAACUGAAAUCAUUUGCUUUAAUGGUGGUGGAUGAACAGCAAAGACUCACUGAGCAAUUGAAUCAACAAAGUGAAAAAAUUCAAGAACUAAUUGCCUCUGCAGAAGAAGCGCAUAAGAAGCUGGCUUUUGCUGAAGCAAAAGUUCAAGAAGAGGGACAGAGAGCUUGCAGGUUGGAGGCUGAACUUCAAGCUCAAAGUGCUAAGAUUUCCCAAGACCAGGAAGCAAUGAUGGCCAAGCUAACUAAUGAAGACAGUCAGAACCGUCAGCUUCGGUUAAAAUUGACUGCUCUCAGCCGACAAAUCGAUGAGCUGGAAGAGACCAACAAGUCUUUACGAAAAGCAGAGGAAGAACUGCAAGACCUAAGGGAUAAGAUAAAUAAAGGAGAAUGUGGGAACUCUGCACUUAUGACUGAAGUAGAAGAACUACGAAAACGACUGCUGGAGAUGGAAGGAAAAGAUGAGGAGCUCAUAAAAAUGGAGGAUCAGUGCCGAGAGCUUAAUAGAAAGCUUGAAAAAGAAGUGUCACAGAGCAAGAACCUUAAAGGGGAAGUUGACAAACUCAACAAAAGAAUUAUGGAGCUGGAAAAAUUAGAAGAUUCUUUCAACAAGAGUAAACAGGAAAGUUACUCUCUAAAAUGCAACCUAGAAAGAGAAAAAAUGUUAACAAAGCAGCUGUCCCACGAGCUGGAGGGCUUAAAAGCUAGAGUUGGCGAGCUUGAAGCAAUUGAAAGCAAGCUAGAAAAAACUGAGCUUACACUUAAAGAAGAUUUAACAAAAUUGAAGAGUCUAACAGUGAUGCUUGUGGAUGAAAGAAAAACUAUGGGAGAAAAAAUAAAGCAAACAGAAGAAAAGCUGCAAGCUGCAACUUCUCAGCUUCAGGUGGAGCAAAAUAAAGUGAUGUCCAUUACAGAAAAGCUAAUGGAGGAAAGUAAGAAAGCACUGAAAUCAAAGUCUGAUGCAGAGGAAAAGGUAUCCAGCGUUACAAAAGAAAGAGAUGAACUGAAAAACAAACUCAAAGCAGAAGAGGAGAAAGGAAGUGAUCUUGUUUCCAAAGUGAGCAUUCUAAGAAAAAGACUACAGUCACUGGAAGCUGUUGAAAAAGAGUUUCUUAAAAAUAAGCUUAAAGACAGCACUAAAUCCAGCACCACCUUGCAGCAGGAAAACAACAAAAUCAAAGAGCUGUCUCAAGAAGUUGAAAGACUUAAGCAGAAGCUGAAAGAAAUGAAGGCCAUAGAAGAUGAUCUUAUGAAAACCGAAGAUGAAUUUGAGUCUCUGGAACGAAGAUAUAUCAGUGAACGGGACAGAGCCAAGCUCCUGUCAGAGGAGCUGGAGGCUGUGAAAAUGGAAGUGGCUAGGUAUAAGUUAACAGAAAAGGCAGAGUCCAAUCAAGAGCAGCGUCUCUUUAUGAAACUCAAAGAAGAGGAAGCUAAAUCAAGUCAUCUUUCCAGAGAAGUAGAUGCACUGAAAGAGAAAAUUCAUGAAUACAUGGCAACAGAAGACCUAAUGUGUCACCUCCGAGGUGAUCACACAGUCUUACAGAAGAAACUCCUCCAACAGGAAAACAAGAACAGGGAGUUAGCGAGAGAAAUGGAAACUCUCACAAAAGAAUUGGACAGGUACAGACGCUUCAGUAAGAAUGUCAGGCCUGGUCUCAAUGGAAGGAGAAUUUCUGACUUGCAAGCUUUUUCUAAAGAAGUCCAGACAGAUCCAGCAGACAAUGAACCACCCGAUUACAAAACCCUCAUGCCUUUAGAGAGAACAGUCGUAAAUGGGCAGCUGUAUGAAGACGGUGAUAAUGAGGACAAUGACAACACUGAGGUGGAACAAACAGUGUCUUUCAAAAGCAACUCAUCCAGUGCAAAUGCUGUGAACAAAAAAUUAUGGAUCCCUUGGAUGAAGUCCAAAGAGAGUCAACAUCAAAAUGGAAAGACUCACACAAGGCAAAAUGGAAACUGUGCACAGACUGGAGACUUUGUGCUAAGCCAUACACCUGGCCAGCCUCUUCACAUAAAAGUAACUCCAGACCAUGGACAGAACACAGCAACACUUGAAAUAACCAGUCCUACCACUGAGAGUCCGCACUCCUACACAAGCACAGCAGUCAUACCCAAUUGUGGCACUCCAAAGCAGAGAAUAACCAUUAUUCAAAAUGCCUCCUUGACACCUGCCAAAUCGAAAGCAGCAGAGGGUUAUACCAGCCCGGAGCAUGUAAUUUCUCCUAUUACUAUGGCUACUUUUUCAAGAUGUCAGACUCCUGAAUCAUGUGGUUCUUUAACUCCUGAAAGAACAAUGUCCCCUUUAGCUUCAUCAGGCUCAAGCUCUCAGGAACAAAUGCUCUCCCCAGAGCCUCUAGAGAUGGGAGCCAAGCACACUGUUUUUAGAGUAUCCCCAGACAGGCAGUCGUCGUGGCAGUUUCAGAGAUCUAACAGUACAGGAUCAAGUGUCAUAACUACUGAGGAUAACAAAAUCCACAUCCAUUUAGGAAGUCCUUAUGUCCAAGCUCUCACCAAUUCCAAGCCCACCAGCCCUUGUAACACAGUGCAAGACAACAGAACUCCGGCACUAGCUAAUGGCCUACCCAGUAAGCCUGCCAAUAAAAUCACCAGCAGUAUUACUAUCACACCAACAGCCAGUCCUCUCCCACGGCAAUCACAAAUUACAAUUACUGAUGCCUUACGUCGUUCAGUUCCAACUCGGAUCCCCAAACCAAAGCCUACCUGUGCAACCAAAGUACCUGUCAAAAUUCCUGCUGGACAUCUCAACAAACCACUACAAGACAGUAGUUCUGGGAAGCUACACAUUAUAAGGACUGUGUCUAAAACUUGCCUUCAAAGUGGAGGGAAAAGAGUGCAUUCCAACAGUCUAAAUGGCUCAACUGAUAAAUUGUGGAAGAACUCCUUUCACAUAGGUCUUUCUUUAAGAACUGCCAAAUCCUAAUUCUCAAAUAAAGCAGAAGCUGGUGGUGAUCACAGUGCCAUAGCCAGAAUCAGGAUCCCUUUGAUGAAGCAGAGAGAGAUGUUGAUGCAUUCAGUUACUCAAUUUUUGUAUUUUUAUUUCACAGCUAAAAGUUUUAACUUAACCACUGAGACAGUACUGCACAUUAGCAUUGCUGACUGUUUUUGCAAACCCACAACACAAACCUAUGCCUUCAACAGCUCCACAAGAAAUUCUGCAGUACUUCAAAAAAGAAGUUCAAAAAGAUGAGUCUACUUAAAACUCAUGUCAGCUUGUGUCCUACAAGACACACCUGUGUCAAAGUGCAGAUAAUAAAGAAUCACUCUCCCACAUUAAAAUCAAAACGCUUCCAAUUUUGACCACUAAAUCUGCAAAUGACUAUAAAGUUCCAUGGCUCCACGUCAUGUACGCUGAAAUUCAAGUAAAUUUCACAGAUGUACACCACCACAAAUGUGCAACUUGCAGAAUGAGUGUGUGCAAACACAAAGAAAGUCAACAGUGAAAAAAAGCAGCUGUCAACUUGGCAUACUUAUCAGAGAUACCUUCAGCACAUGAACAAGUUUCUUCAGACAGUAAAAAAAAAAAAGAUACAAGCCUCUCUGUACACAGGCCCACCAGCUCCAAACAAGCAACAAAACUCCCACUGAAUGUGCUGCAAAGAAGAGUUUGCUUCUGGGUAGUUGCAAACUAUGUAUUAUAAACUGAUGCUAUUUGGCAGCCCUUAUUGUCAGUCUACAGAAAGAAAAGAAAACCUACAGCAGAAGAAAUCAAUUCCUGCAAUAGCAUUUGUUGCUUCACAAGUACUGUCAAACAUCCUCCACAGUACUAUGUUGUACCACUGAGACAGAAGAGUCAGUUUCCUCUGUCUUGGGAUGACACAAUUCCUUUCUACCUAUGAGGGACACAGCUCACACAGGCUAUUACUUACAGAUUUAAACAAACUGACCAACAGGGAUACUACGCUUAUGGGAUUAAGGGAGACAAAGGAAGCAUGAAGAAUGAAAGACAAGGAGUGGUAACAUAAAAGGAGGAAAUUGGAAGAAUUUAUGAAAAAGAGAAGUCCAUUCCCCUCCUUCAACAUACUUGGGAGAUGUGGCAUGCUGGCUACAGGCAAGAUAUGGACAUUCAGCGCUGCGAGAAGUGUUCUUUCUGUUCAUAGAGAGGAGGAAAAGGUUGGUGACUUACACCAGCACUAAGAUAUCUCCUUACUAUUCCUAAUCCUCUCCCUUACAGUUCUGAAAGCAAUAUAAAAUUCACAUUCAUGACUGGACGUAGUUGUGACAUGAACUGGGAAAAAAGGGAGGGAAGGAAGUCCUGUAGUUAAAUUACUAGGGACACGCGUAACACUAACAACACUGACAAAUUGGCAAUAAUGCCUAAGCAUUCGCUCAAAGAAAACUCCUCACAAAGUUAAAGGUUUGCUGAAGAAGUUAUGGGGCAAGAUUCUUUAGUUUGUGUCAGGGGACAAGGUAAAUAGAUGGUUAAUCCCUUCAAGACUUUUUAUAAUUAGGUUUGGGGUUUGUUGGGGGUUUUGUACAUCUAUAAACCACCUGCAGCAGGGUAAACAUGUCUCAAAGUGAGAGCAACUACUUUUAAUCUUUAACAUAGAUCCAAAAAUAAUUAUUUCCAAUGAUGUGGCAAAAAGCAUAUUCAGAAUUACUUAUAUAUCUAUAUACCAAGGGAUCUAUUUUGUGUUUUCAUACCCUUUCAGUGACUCUGAACAUCAUUCAUACACCUCAUCUUAAAAGUAGCCUUUUCCAACUACAGGUUGGUAAAAUCUAAGACCUUUUUUCAUGCCUGAAUUAUUAGGAAGAAUAUUCCAUUGGUCAGGACUUCACCUAGAGCUAGUCUUCAUGGACAGAGCAAAAGAUCAGUAUUUUAAAAACACAUUUUGAAUUAUUCUGCUUUGCACAUAGAGUUUCUAUCAGAAAUGCUUUUCUUUUUUUCAGUAGUCAGCAAAUGAAGCGUGAGAGUAAAUUUUUUUUAAACCAAAACUUGAUGUUUCACAGAACUAAAACUGUCAAAGGUGCUCACAUAUGGGCAAUUAUUUUCUUGUAUUGCUGCUUACGUUGCACUUUGUAAAUCCUGAUUUCCUAUUUUGUGCCAAGUGUUUUUAAAGUAUUUUACAGUAACGAUGAGAUGUGGUACUCAUUAUCCCUCGAUUUUACAUCUGCUGUACAUGAAAAAUAGCUACACCAAAUAAAGGUAAUAGAUGCUCUU